GAGGCAGCUACCGGUUUCGAUUUGACAAUUGGUUAGCACCUUAAUUCUUAGGUACAAACUCCUCAGAGAGAGUCACAGAGGGAGAGGUCAAGUUCCACCGUUUUCACAGUGAGAGAGAGAGAGAGAUUUGUAGCAGAGUGAGAUUGGAGUUUGGGAUUUUGGUGAAGAAUCGGAGCUUGCACUUUAGCUUCUUGGGCAGGAAAAGGGGGACUUUGGUUGGGUUUGAGAGAGAGAGGGAUAAGGGGGCUUGUAGUUGAAGAAGAAGACGAAAAAUGGAGGGUGUAAACAAUGAGAUUGGGAAUCAGCCGAGAAUGAGAAUAGAGAAUCCGUUUACUCUCAAAGUGGGUCAAGUAUUUACUGGCUUUGGCAUCGGCUGUGGUGUUGGUAUCGGCGUUGGUCGCCCUAUAAAUAUGGGUGCGAUACCAGUAGUGAACCAAGUUAUGGGUGCCACCAGAGGUGCAACUGAUGCUUUUUCUGGUGUUGGUAGACAUGUUAAUGACGCUUUGAGGAAGUUAGGAGCUAAGAACAUUGAAGCUGGCAUCGGAUGUGGGGUUGGUUUUGGCCAUGGUUUUGGAGUUGGGCUUGCUGUGAAGCCUGGUGUAGUUCAAAAAAUUCAAUAUUGUAUUGUUCAAACAACAACAAAGAUGAUGAUGAAGUUCGGAAUACUUCCCAAUAUACCCAUUGGUAAAGACAUCAUUCCACCAUCUCUGUCAUCCACUGUUCAAGGUAUCAUUCCGCCAUCUUUGUCAUCCACUGGACAAGGUAUCCUUUCACCAUCUCUGCAAAGUGGCAUGAGCAUGACCAAUGAGCCCUCCAGCCAAAACACGACGGGAAGUGUCCUGCAGUUGGCAACAAAACUAGUAGAACAAACCUCUUAUGGCCUGGCUGGGGAUGCAACUUCGAACACAGGUUCUACUUCUGGAGCUUCUACAUCAAAAAGUUCACAGGGAACAUCCUUGGUUAGUCAAACCGGGAAGGUUGUCACUAAUAUUCUGCACGAUCUGACUUCAACAGAGGGGGGCAAUGAAGUAAAUGAACUGGCUGAGCGCUUGAGAUCAGAAAACAACAUGCUUCACGUGAUUUUGAAUCACGAGCAAAUCAUUCAGGAGCUUAAGGAGGAAAACGAGAAGCUUCGCCAGGUGCUGGUGGAAGAUCUGAACAUACCACCCUGCAAGCUCCAAACCAGUAACUCAAGUAGAUAUACAUCACCAUCUGAAGAUUGUUCCAGUUACUCAAAUAGACAGAGAUCACCAUGUGAAGAUUGUUUUGAUUGCCGCAGAAAAGAAAGAAAAAGAUAGAAGAAAAUUUGUGUGCUACUUCAGAAGAGACUCAGAAUUCAAGCAAUUGACUACAAAGAACUUAACUGAUCCUUGUCUGGUCCGGGGUUUGAAGAUUUGGUUUGGUAUUACCAACCCAGUAGUGCAGAAUCAUCCCCAGGAGUGUGCAAGGAAAAUAGGGUAGUAGGAAUUCAAUACCUGAAAGACAAGACCAAACACUUGGGUAUGAACCAAUUGAAGGGUGAUUGAUGUAGGUGCAUAAGGUAAUAAUACAACUUGCCCUUUUUUUUAGAUUUCUUUGUUUCCUUGUUUUAUGUAAACUAAAUAUUUUUUGCUUCACCCCAUCAUUAAAACAAAGUGCAUGUACUUUCAGCUUCCUGCAA